UCUCCGCCACAGAACAGAGCACAUCAAAAUCAAAGCAACCACAUUCCCCUUCACUAAACCCAGAAAACCCAUCAGAGUCAAAUCACCAUGGCUCUCUCAACCAGGUACAGACGUCCCCAGCCGUCCGAUCCCUCCUCUUCAUCGUCGCCGUCUGUAUCCUACACCAAACUCGACAAGCAAGCCAAACCAGGCGGCGGCGUCGCGGAGGAGAAGGGCUUCAGUUGGGUCGUUCCUCUCGUAGCUCUUGGUAUGCUUCGCUACAUGAGCGCCACGUCGAACAUCAUUCACGACUGCGAUGAGGUCUUUAACUACUGGGAGCCUCUGCAUUACCUUCUAUACAAAUCUGGCUUCCAGACUUGGGAAUACAGCUCUCAGUUUGCACUUCGGUCGUACUUAUACAUUCUUUUCCACGAAUUGGUGGGUCGUCCGGCUUCCUUGUUGUUCAGUGAGGAGAAAGUGACAGUAUUUUACGCUGUUAGGAUGUUUCUUGGUCUCAUUUCUGUUAUUACCGAAACUAUUCUGGUUUAUGCUUUGUCGAGAAAGUAUGGAAAACGACUCGCUUCGUAUACACUUGCCAUGCUGUGCUUAACCAGCGGUUGUUUCUUUGCUAGUACAAGUUUCUUGCCAAGUUCGUUCUCUAUGUAUGCCGUCUCUCUUUCAUCGGGGCUGUUUCUUCUAGACAAACAUGCCAUGGCAGUUUCAGUUGCGGCUGCUGGUGUAAUCCUUGGGUGGCCUUUCUCAAUCUUGGUUUUUCUGCCACUCACAUUCUAUUCUCUAGCUAGAAGGUUCAAACAAACAUUUAUUGCUGGGGCUGCCACCUCUAUUGUUGUUCUUGCACUGUCAGUUCUCGUUGACUACACCUACUACAACAAAUGGACAUCAUCCGUGCUGAACUUAUUGAUCUACAAUGUUGCAGGAGGUGGUGAGAGCCAUUUGUAUGGAACUGAAGGGCCACUGUUUUAUCUGCGGAAUGGGUUCAACAAUUUUAACUUCUGUUUUGUACUUGCAUUGCUGUUUCUGGUAAUGCUGCCAAUCACAAAGAAGAAGUAUGCCCCUGACUUGCUGAUUGUGGUUUCCCCAUUGUUUAUUUGGUUAGCGUUUAUGUCUCUGCAGCCUCAUAAAGAAGAAAGAUUUCUUUAUCCGAUAUAUCCACUCAUUUGUGUUGCUGCCUCAGCUGUCAUUGAGAGCUUUCCUGAUGUUUUUCGGUCUGAGUAUAAUCCCCAUGACAAUUCUGCAUUGGUCACAGCCGCAAAGAUUCUGAGGCCAGUGAUCCUUAGUCUUAUUCUGUGUGCUUCCCAUGCUCGAACAUUUUCACUGAUCAAUGGAUAUUCUGCUCCUAUAGAGAUUUACAAGCUUUUGGAGCAUCAUGAAGAUGCGGGACCAGGCUCUGUACUUUGUGUGGGGGGUGAAUGGCACCGUUUCCCGUCAUCCUUCUUUGUUCCUGAUUAUGUGGGAGAGGUCCGUUGGAUAGAUGAUGGGUUCCGAGGACUCCUUCCAUUUCCAUUUAAUUCUACGUUGGGUGGAACAGCGGCAGCCCCACCAUAUCUCAACAAUAAAAACAAAGCAUCUGAUGAGCAAUAUCUGCGGGAUCUUGGACAUUGUACAUUUCUUGUUGAGCUCGAGCUUAAUCGACCCUUCCCUUCUCGCGGAAGUGACUCAUCAACUUGGGAGGUGAUUGCAGAAUUGCCUUACCUCGACAGGGAGCUUUCGCCCGCUAAGUACCGAUCCUUUUUCAUUCCAUAUGUGUGGAUGCACAAGAAUAUUUUUGGCAAGUACAAGCUUCUUAGAAGAAUACAGAAAUGAAAGCGGCUAAACACUGUCGACAGAAUCAGAUUCUGAACUAGCAAGAGCUCUAACAUUUUACUGGAAUGUAAUGUAAGUUAUGUAACUCCGCCGUUGAAAAGGAAUACUGACUCUGUGAUGUUUGGUGAUAUAGAUUUAACUGCUCCUUGAGGUACGACUUAAUAUCUGUACGCAUCCGUUUCUUUCAAGUAUUCAUGCUUCUUAAAAACAACAAAUUCAAUAGAGAACAUAAUCAAUUUACCUUCGAGUAUUAAAA